AACAAACACACAAGAAAAUACAAGGUGUUUAAUUCACAAAACAAAAGGAGAAAAAUAGCGAUAAAUGAAAGCAGAGAGAGAAACGGAGAGGGAUUAUUAGUAGGAACUUCUUCAUCUUCUUCAUGAGAGAGAGAAAUCUCUGCGUUAAAGAACUUUUUGACUCUCUCUCUCCUGAGGGGGCAGGGCAGAUUCACAUCUUCACAGAGCCCUUUGUUAAAUCUGCAUUUGUUCUUCAUCUGAUCUGAGCUGUUCUUGACCGCAUUUUUUCUUUCCACAUAGCAAUCGUGCUCACGUUCUGGCUAUUUCUUGAUGUGAUCUAUUGACGUGGAGCUCAGAAAUCGAGAAGCAAAAUAUCAGGGGCACCAUGAAUUUUUAAACACAAUCGAGAUUAAAGCUGCAUAUACCUAAACCAUGGGAAACUGCUGUGCCGCGCCAUCUAGUUCGCCCAAAGUGAAGAAGAAAAAGAACAAACCCAACCCAUUCUCUAUUGACUAUGGCGCUGCCAAUGGAUUGGGCGGGCCAGACAAGCUUGUGGUGCUCAAAGACCCAACGGGCCAUGACAUAAGCGCUCGAUAUGAUUUGGGUCGAGAGCUUGGAAGGGGCGAAUUCGGGGUUACCUACCUAUGCACGGAUGUUGAGACGGGUGAGAAAUUGGCCUGCAAGUCAAUAUCCAAAAAGAAGCUUAAAACGGCUGUGGAUAUAGAUGACGUGAGGCGGGAGGUUGAAAUUAUGACACGCAUGCCAAAGAACCCGAACAUUGUAACGCUUAAAGCGACUUAUGAGGAUGAUAGUGCAGUGCAUAUUGUUAUGGAGCUGUGUGAAGGUGGGGAGCUGUUUGACCGGAUUGUGGCGAGGGGGCAUUACACGGAGAGAGCAGCUGCGUAUGUGAUGAGGACAAUUGUGGAAGUUGUUCAGAUGUGCCACAGACAAGGAGUGAUGCAUCGUGAUCUCAAACCUGAGAACUUUCUUUUUGCGAAUAAGAAAGAAACAAGCCCCUUAAAAGCAAUCGACUUUGGUUUGUCCGUAUUCUUCAAACCUGGCGAGCGGUUUAAUGAGAUUGUUGGAAGUCCUUAUUACAUGGCUCCAGAGAUUUUGAAACGAAAUUAUGGCCCAGAGGUCGACAUAUGGAGUGCUGGAGUUAUACUUUAUAUUUUACUUUGUGGUGUUCCUCCCUUCUGGGCAGAAACUGAACAAGGAGUAGCACAAGCGAUUAUCCGAUCUGUGAUUGACUUUAAGAGAGACCCUUGGCCUAAAGUAUCAGACAGUGCAAAGGAUCUCGUUAAGAAAAUGCUCAAUCCAGAUGCCGGCAGACGUCUCACUGCCCAGCAAGUCCUCGAGCACCCGUGGCUGCAGAAUAUAAACAAGGCGCCUAAUGUCUCACUGGGUGAGACUGUGAAAGCAAGACUCAAGCAAUUUUCCGUGAUGAAUAAGCUCAAAAAAAGAGCGCUACGGGUUGUAGCCGAGCACUUGUCUGUGGAGGAAGUUGCUGGAAUUAAGGAAGCUUUUGACAAGAUGGACACUGGCAAGAAGGGUAAGGUUAACCUUGAAGAACUCAAAGUCGGUUUGCACAAGCUUGGCCACCAAAUACCAGAAACCGAUCUUCAGAUUUUAAUGGAAGCUGCGGAUAUUGAUGGAGAUGGGAGUUUGAAUUACGCGGAGUUUGUUGCUGUUUCGGUUCAUCUAAGAAAAAUGGCCAAUGACGAGCACUUGCACAAAGCCUUUGCAUUUUUUGAUAGAAACAAAAGUGGUUACAUAGAGGUUGAGGAGCUACGUGAUGCUUUGAGCGAUGAAGACGAUGCCAAUAAUGAGGAAGUUAUCAUUGCCAUCAUGCAUGAUGUCGACACAGAUAAGGACGGGCGCAUAAGUUUUGAAGAAUUUGCUGCUAUGAUGAAAGCCGGUACAGACUGGAGAAAAGCAUCAAGACAGUAUUCUCGGGAGAGAUUCAACAGUCUUAGCUUGAAGUUGAUGAGGGAAGGGUCUCUUCAAUUUGCUAAAGAGGGUAGAUAAACCACUAGAAAAUGCUAAUGAUAAAGAGGAGAAGGUGCUAAAAAGUAAAAUGUGGCAUCCCCAUUUCCCUCUGUGUGUGUGUUUUAUUAUUAUUAUUUAUUUAUU